UUGAUAGAUCAAGAGAGCAGUUUAGUGAUCCCUUAUUACAAGUGAAAACAAACAACAGCAACAGUCACAGUCACAGCUGCCAACAUGGCUAGUUGGGGAGGGGCUGAAGAGAGUGAGCUGGACAGUCGCAACCAGCAAAGGUCAUAUGCUCUUGCUGGAAAAGUAUCAACACUGCGAUCACUUGCCCUUGACAUAGAAAAUGAAGCUUACGAACACAAUAGACUGCUGGAUGGUGUCAGCAAUGAUUUCUCCAGUGGUGAAGGCCUCUUAUCUGGCAGUACAAACCGAGUUAAAAAUCUCUUGAUGUCUGGUCGACAGAAUCGCAAAGCAAUGUGUUACAUGGCAGGAUUUGUUGUUGUAUUUGUGCUUAUAUUGUGGUAUCUAAUAUCUAGACUGACUUCUGGAUAAUAACUUGCAUAGAUAUGGAUAGCCUCAGAAAAUAUUUAUAGUUUUGAAUAUCAUUGAAAAGCAUGUUUUGGAAGACAGUAGAGUAUAUAUGAAUUUUUUAGGAUCUGAGUAUGUAGGUUAUGCAUUUAAUAAUUACAAAUUUUGAUGGAAUUUUUUUUAUUACCAGAGGUCUAUAACUUUUAAACCUCUUAAAAGCAAAUACUGUACAGUGGAACCUCGGUACUCAAACUAUUAGUUCCUGAAGGUGGGUUGAGUGCCAAUCUGUUUGAGUACUGAACAGUUUUUUCCCAUAAGGAGUAAUGUAAAUUGGCUUAAUUCAUUCCAGACCACAAAUAAAUAUAUUAAUGCAAUAAAUGCAAAUACAG